AUGCCAUUGGAGGCCACUAUCUGCAUGCUCGAUAACUCGGAGUACUCGAUCAACUCCGAUAUCAUUCCGACUAGACUAGAGGCUGCAGCAGACGCUGUCAAGGCCAUUUUUAAAGCCAAAACAAAUUCGAACCCUGAAAGCACAUGCGGAUUGAUGACAUUUGCCGGAAAAAGUCCUACUGUAUUAGUGACCCCAACCACGGAUGAAGGCAAGAUCCACGUCUCCUUGCAGAGCAUCAAACCGAGUGGAACGCCCGAUCUAAUCUCUGGAUUAAGCGUUGCUGGUCUUGCACUCAAGCAUCGACAAGAAAAGAAUCAACGUCAACGAGCCAUCGUUCUACUUUCUUCGCCAUUACCUCCCAAUCUCACAACAGACGAAUUGACCCGAAUAGGAAAGAAGCUCAAGAAAAAUAACGUCGCAGUCGAUGUGGUCUUGUUCGGAUCUGAAGUCGCGACCAACGAGGAACGAAUGCGCGCGUUGGUCAAUGCAGUUGAGAGUGGCGGCAAUUCAACAAUGAUUGUCAUCCCAGGUGGUUUACCAGGACUACUAAGUGAUCACAUUAAGCAGAGUGAUAUCCUUGCGGAAGAGGGCUUCGGGGCUGCUGGUGGAUCGGGUGUGGGUGCCAAUGGUGACGGAACUGGAAUGGCCGAUGGUGGUGGCCUGGAUAUGGAUCCUAACCUUGACCCUGAGCUUGCGAUGGCAUUGCGGAUGUCGUUACAAGAAGAAGAAGCCAGACAAGCGGCUGCCACAAGACAACAAGCAGGUUCUGCUUCAUCCGACCCUUCGCCAGGAACGACCGAAGCCACUACUGAUGUCCCGCGGCAAGAAGAUAUGGCAGAUGUCAAGAUGGCACCUGAACCAAUGGACGAUGAACUAACGAAGGCUUUGGCGAUGAGCAGGGGUGAAGAUGUAGAAAUGAACGAUGCAGACAGCAGUGCGAAACCCGAAGCAGGCGGAGAAAUGGAAGAAGACGAGGACUUGACAGAGGAAGAGGCGAUCGCUAAAGCUAUUGAAAUGUCGAUGAAAGAAAACCCAGCGAAGAAAUGA